GGUUACCAGGCAACGGGCUGCCCCGGCGCGGAGCUACUGGGCGGAAUGCGUGGGGGAAGGCAGUUGGGAGGAGACCUUCAGCAGCAGAAAUGAGCCCUGAGAAGCAUCACGAGGAAGAGGACGAAGUUGACUGCGUUCUCCUUUCAGCGUCCAAGAUCCUAAAUUCCUCUGACGGGGUAAAGGAAAGUGGUGGCAGUGAGACAGUUUUCUUUUUAGAAUAUGGCUGCAUAUCAGAAUCGGAAAAUCAAAUACAACCACAAUCAGCACUGAAAGCCCUUCAGCAUCAGCUGGAAUCAUUUCAGGCUCUCCGAAUUCAGACUUUGCAGAAUGUUAGCAUGGUACAGUCUGAAAUCAGUGAAAUCUUGAACAAAAGUAUUAUUGAAGUAGAAAACCCACAAUAUAGCUCAGAAAAAAAUCUAGUAUUCGGCACAUGCAUUGAAAAAGCUUUGCCUAUAGAGAAUCAAGAAGUCCUUUCUAUGGAGAAAAUUCAUCCUUUUGAGGAGUCCAACACUUUUCAUUCAACAGAAGAAAAAUUCAGCAGUGAUACUGUUAACAAUCUCUGUCAAGGUAUAGAUAUUCCAUCCCAAAUACAUUUCAAGAACCUAUUAACUUGGAGAACUUCAACAGAUAAUUCAGCUUCAAACAUAAUUAUGAACCCCUCAGAAAAUUCUGACAUAUUAAAGAAUUAUAAUAACCUUUAUAGUUUUCUACCUCAUGCACCUCAAAAUGUGAUGUCUCAAGCUGAUACAGUAAUUCUGGAUAAAUCCAAAAUUACUGAGCCUUUCCUCAAGCAUGGAUUUUGUGAAAAUUUAGAUGAUAUCUGCUAUUCUAUCAAACAAAUGAAGGAAGAACUACAGAAGUCACAUGAUAGAGAACUGGCACUUACAAAUGAACUUCAGACUUUAAAAACUGACACAAAUGUUCCAAGAAAUGGUAAAUAUGACCUGUCCCACAGUCACAAAGAAGAAACUAACUUUAUUAAGGAAGAAAAUAUAGAAAAUAACUUAAAUGAAGAUAUAAAAUCAAAGAGAAUUUCAGAAUUAGAGGCAUUAGUAAACAAAUUACUCCCAUUCAGGGAAACCGUAUCAAAAUUCCAUGUGAAUUUUUGCAGGAAAUGUAAAAGGUUAUCCAAGAGUGAAAUGCACAGGGGAAAGAGAAAUGAGAAAAACAGUAAAGAAAUUCCUAUCACUGGCAAGAAUAUUACAGAUUUAAAAUUCCAUUCCAGAGUUCCAAGGCAUACACUGUCAUUCUUUGACCCAACAAAAUAUGAAAUGAAAGACAAAGAGACACGACCACUAUCAAAACAAGGACCAAUAAUGUUUGAAAAUGAGAAAACAUCCAAAGUCAAUUCUGUUACUGAGCAGUGUGUUGCAAAAAUUCAGUACUUACAGAAUUACCUAAAAGAAUCUAUGCAGAUACAGAAAAAAGUAACAGAACUGGAGAAUAAAAAUCUAACCCUUAAGAACAAAAUAAAACCUCUUGUCUUUACUACACAAUCUCUGAUACAGAAAAUCGAAACGUAUGAAAAGGAACUUAAGAAUCUGGUUGAAGAAAAGAAUGCUAUUCAGUCCAAGUUAACUAAAACAGAAGAAGAUGGUAAAGAAUGUCUUAAAGAAUUGAAAAAAUUAAUUAGUAAAUAUAAUGUUCUUGUAGGACAAAACAAAACUCUAGAGGAAAAAAACAGUCAACUUUGUUUGGAGAAGCAACAAAUGAUAGAAACAUUAGAUCAACUAAAAAGUAAAGAACACAAAACCCAAAAUGAUAUGGCCAUUGUCAAUAAUGAAAAUAAUCGAAUGAGUAUGGAAAUGGAAUCACUGAAAACAAAUAUUCUAUUGAUACAAGAUGAAAAGGAAAUGCUAGAGAAAAAAACAUACCAGCUUCUAAAGGAAAGAAGCUCAGUUGAAAAUGAACUGAAGGAAAAUCAACUAGAGAUAAUGCAGCUAAAAGAGAAAGAAAGGUUGGCAAAAACUGAACAAGAGACGCUUCUUCAAAUAAUAGAAACAGUUAAAAAUGAAAAACUUAAUCUUGAAACAACAUUACAAGAAUCUAUUGCUGCUAGACAAAUGAUGGAAAGAGAAAUUGAGAAUAUUCAAACCUACCAAUCUACUGCAGAGGAGAAUUUUCUGAAAGAAAUAAAAAAUGCAAAAUCAGAAGCAAGUAUUUAUAAGAAUAGUUUGUCAGAAAUGGGCACUGAAUGUGAAAUGUUAUCAAAAAUGGUAAUGGAAAUUAAAACAGAUAAUCAGAUUCUAAAAGAAGAACUAAAAAAACAUAGUAAAGAAAAUAUAAAAUUUGAAAAUAGCAUCAGUAGACUUGCAGAAGAUAAAAUACUUUUAGAAAACUAUGUAAGAAGUAUAGAAAAUGAAAGGGAUACCUUAGAAUUUGAGAUGCGGAAUCUUCAAAGAGAGUAUUUAAAUCUAAGUGAAAAAAUCUGUAGUCAACAGAAGGACCCAUCCAAAAAGGGUUAUAUUUCAAGAAGAGAGAAAUUCCAUUUGGACAACUACGAUACUUAUGAAGACACCUCCAGUCCUAGGAGUAGGCCUUUGGCUCCUGAUUUGAAAGGAAUUCCAAGUCAACUAUAUCAAUUGCUUCCAUCCAAGAUAUGUAAAUAAAUUUCUA